AUGGAAGAGGACAACAGCGUUAUCUCUGCGAUAGAGCCUGACAUGAGAGCAGACCCGCAGCAGCCAGUACACACAAGCACGGCGCGCGGUUGGGAGACAAAAUUCAAUGCAGCGGGGUCAGGAGGCCGGACAUGGCAGUACGGCCAGCUCAAGUCGCCGCCAGACAGCGGCUGCCCCGCGGCGCCGUUCAACUCCCUGCAGAGCGUUGCGGCUGCAGCCACGGCGUCCCUGACGAGCCCGGCACUGAAGGCAGUGAUGGCUGCUGGUGGUCGUGUGGACCAUCGCCUGCAGAGCGCUGCUGCAGUUGCCGCCCUUUCGGCUGCCGCCGCAGCAACGCCUGUGUCGCGGCGCUUGUCUUCCACAUCUUCAGGUCAAGGUGAUUCAGUGGUGCCUCCCACUACGCCUGACGAUGAGACAAAGGCCAGAUGCGCGGUGGCCUCAACUUCAGAGGAUGUUGUGGUGAGCAUGCGCGAUCAAGUGCGGCAACGCAAUCCCCAGGCCUUUCAAGAGAAGAUUGAGAAGCAGGCCAAUGGCCAAGGCAGCGGGGUCAGCGGCCUGCACAAGAGGGGCUGUCACUGCAAAAAGAGCCACUGCAAGAAGAAGUACUGCGAGUGCUUCCAGGCGGGCGUGAAUUGCGGGGUGCACUGCAAGUGCGACGAGUGCCACAACACUGUGGAAGACGGCCUGCCUCCCCCGCCGCGCGCAAAUGGCAAGCAAGCCGCUGCAGCAUCUGCCACUGCUCCUGCUGCGGUCACCAACCCUGCCGACCGCAACAAGACCUCUCCUGGCACCCCGCCUGCCCCGGGCAAGGAGACGACGUCACUGGACGCCCGCCGCACGUCCUCGCGCUCAGUCAAGCGCAAGGCUUGGACGUCCAGCGCUCCUGCAGCCAGCGAGCAGCCACGCCGCCUACCAACCCCUUCCACUGACAGCUCCGCCUCGCAGCACAGGGCCCCCUCCGCUGGAGUGCUCAGCCCUCCUGACAUGGUCUGGCCUGCCAACACUCUCGCCCAGGCGCAGGGCCAUGUGUUGGGCAGUGCAACGAGCAGCGGUGCUCAGAUGCUGAGCCCACCGGCGCUCUUCGAUCACAGCAGCGUUUCCAGGAUAUUAGGCCGCACUGCUCUGGAGCAGGCAUCGCAGCAGCAGCUGCAUGGCAGCAUGGGGGGCAGUGACAUUGCCAGGCUUCUCAGCACGUCUUUGGAUGGACGCCGGGAUGGCGAAGGACCAGACUGUGCAGCCCAGCCCGGCCCCUCCCCACAGAGAGAUGAGCAGAGGAAGCCCUCUGCACAGCCACUCCUUGGACAGAGCAGCAGCAUGAUGCUCUACACAGGCCAGGAUCCCAUGCAGACAGACCAGGCCAGCUUGAAGAGGGGCCUGUGGAUGGGACAGCAGACAGGCAGGAAAAAGACCAGCCAUGCCCCAAGGACAUCACAGGUGCGCAAAUUGACGGAUGUCCCAAGAUUGGCGGCUGGCAGCAGAAGGGGCGCCCCUCAGCGGGCAGCAUCGCUGCCGGCCCCUCAGGCAUCCAUUGCAGGCGCCCAGUCAGCACUCACAAGAUCGCACUCAAGCGCAGAGGACACAGAGCUCCUUAGCCCCAGCGCUCCGUCGACGUUUGGACAGGGACAAAUGCUACGCAUGGGAGCAGGAAGGACCCUCAUCUCGCCAAAGUAA